AUGAUUAAAAUAUCAGCACUGAACGAGGAAUCGGAGGAAGAUAGCGGAUCUGAGGAGGAAGUGACUAAAGAGGCAUUAGAACAAAUCGCAUUACAACAGUACGCUAAAGCACUAGAUCUUCAAAGAAAAGGUAAUUUAAAGGAAGCAACACAAUUAUUAAAAGAUCUUCUAGAUACAGAACUACUCUAUGAUAUUAAGAAACCGGUGGAAGGCGAGAAAGUACCAGGUCCUUUGUUCAAUGUUAAAUAUUUAUCUUACAAGAACUUGGCGUCAAUGCUGAGCGCAUCAGACGACGUGGAUGCAGCUAUUGAAGCUUAUUGUGCGGCAUCUGAGCUUGAUGAUACGGAUGUCACCCUUUGGCACAGACUGGGACAGCUCUGCUUACGCAGCAAACGCUAUGAAAUGGCAUUACAUUCGUUUCAACGCGGCGCUGAGCGCAAUCCUCGCCAUUGGCCGUGUCUAGAUAAAAUUGUGACUCUCUUAUUAGGCUUAGGAUAUAAAGAAGAAUGUAUAACUACUAUAUAUGACACUUUACAGUUAGAUCCUGGAUAUCUCAGAGGUCUUGCUUAUAGAAAACACAUUUUUACUGUUUAUCCAUACAUUAGAGAUUUUAUGGAAUAUCUGAAUCCAAUCUACAAGUGGAAUGAGGAAGAUGAUGAGCCUUAUGAUGAGAAAAAAGUUGAAAUACUAUUAAAAGAAGCAGAAGAUAUUCAAGAAUCAUUCUUAGAACAGCAGAAAGCAGAACAGUUUCAAUAUGUUGUACCAAAAUUAAAGUUGGUCAAGCCUGUUUCUAUAUUAAGUUGGAAAUCAGUUGGAGACUCGAUAGUACAUAUGCAUAAAUAUAUGACAGAUAACUGCUACAGUCAUGCAUGUCCUAUAGAAAUAAUAUUUGAAAAGGAAGAAAAAGAGGAACCCAUGGAAGUUUCUGACGAACCUAAAGAAGCAGAAGUGGUAGAAAAUAAAGAAGAUGAUAAUACAGAUACUGAAAAGAAUUUAGAAAAUAUUUCUGAAAAUGAGAAUAAUGAUUUAUCAGACAAGGAUAAAGCUGCAACAGAUACUGAAAAGGUUGAGAGUGAUGUUGAUGUAGCUCCAGCAGUUGCAGCAGAAGAUAAUGUUGUUGAAUCACAACCAGAACCUAAAAUUCUUAGGAAAAACCCUACUAGGCGUAGAGGCAGCGCUCUUAGCUUUCUUCAACAGUGGGAAUGGUGCACUAAAAGAAGGUCUGGACGUAAAAAGCCUGCGACAAAACAGGAACAGGAUGACAACAUUUAUGAAACAUUAAGGAAAAUGGUUCCUCUUUGUUUGGCUCCUGAAAUGGUUGAAAAAAAAGAAAACCAAACAAGAGAUACUUCUCCCGACAUAGCUGAUUUAGACAAGUUAUUUGACGAAAAAGAGAAAACUGAAGAAAAGAAAGAUUACUUUGGAUCAACAAAUGAGCAAAAAGAUGUUAAAAAUUUUAUUCUGAAGUAUUCAGAAAGCAAAAGAGAUAUCAUUGACAUUUUGAAAGAUUAUCUAAAUGUUUUAGCAGGGAAAUGGAGAGAGAAAUGGCCUGAAGGUCUCUCUACAAUAUUUAUUGAAGCCAAUAAAUGUUACAUGAACCACAUAGAUGUUCCAACCUGCACCAGUGAUAAUUAUGAAGAUGUACUACAUUACACCUUUGUUAAUAUUCUUGUUGAAGAGUUUGCUGUAAAUGAGAAACUUAUUUUACCUACUAAUGAUGAUGGUGAUAAACAAAAGCAUGACCUAUGUGUGGUAGAAGCUAUUGGUAUUAUACUGAGCCAGAAACCGCAUAAUAAUAUAUUUCUAAGUACGGACUGUUUAGAAUUGACGUUAAGAUUCCUCUGGGUGAAGCUGCACAUCCAUAUGUUGAACAAAUGCAAUGAGUUUGCUCUAGACUGCUUGUAUCAAUUGCAGUAUGAAUUUGAGGCCAUGGAUGAAUAUCAUGACACCUACUACUUAAACAUAAUCAAUUUUACAUUUAAAUCUGAAAUUAGUGAAAAAGAAAUUCAAGCCGGUAUAAAAUUCCUCGAAAGAAAUAAGAAAUUAUCGUCAGUUAUGGAUUUGUUUGAAAGAGAAUGCUAUGAAGAAGUGCUCACAAUAAUAACAGACUCUUUUGAGCACUGCAAGACUAUGGCCAGAAGUGAAGAAGAAGAAAUGUCCCUAGACUUUGCAGUUCAGCUGUCGCUAAUAUUAGAUACAUAUUGGGCUUUAAACAGAGUAGAUGAUUGUUUAAAGUGGUCUUUAAUUUGUUUGCAUGAAGCUUUGAAGCAUUACUUUAGGAACACCUCAGGGUCUCCAGAGUAUGACAAAUGGACACUGACAGUUGUGAAAAUACUCUGUUCUAUAGAACAUAUACUGAGUACGGAAGGUUUGGCAACUUUAGAUGCUGUUUCUCAGAAAGAGCUCAGCCAAGGGCUCGAAGAUCUCAUUAGGAUAAUAGGCCAUCAGGUAGAGACAAAUGGGACUGAUAUGCCCUUCGGUACUGUCACACCUUGGAUCAUAAUGCAUUACAUAUUGCAGAGAGAGGAAGAUCAAGGCCGCAUUCCAACUUUAGAUAAAGACAAAGUUGCCUGUGAUGAAGUACCUAAUCCUCUGCUAGUAUUAUUUAUCGCUCAUGAACAAUUAGGUGGUAGAGGUUGGUGUUGUACAUCUCAGGGGAAACUUUUGUACUUUAUUUUGGACACAGUGGUCCCAAGACUAAGAUCACCGGCCUUAUCGAAGUCUCUGGAACAAGUAUGCCAAUAUAUGGAACAAUGUGUCUACUGUCUUUUUGGACAUCCAGGACGGAAACAUAAGUUAAAGUAUUUAGUUGAUCAUAACGCUUCUGCUUUAUCCCUAGAUUGGAAUAGAGCGCAGCAGUUAUACGAAAUCUUUAAGCCUCCAGUAUUACCUGCUCUGGAAGGAAAAGUGCCUGGCAUUUCAAAUGAUACAGAACAGUUGUUUCAUCGUAUACUUGCGUUGCUGCCUCCAGAAAACGACCCGUCUAAAUAUCUCCCUGAAAUAGAUAAAUUUAUGAAAGGAGUUGAAGAUAAAUUGCCACAGGUUCCACAACUCAUUCCUUAUAAAAUGAGAGACAUAUAUUUUUUGCUGGGAGACUACUAUUUCAAGAAAGAAGAUGGUAAGUUGGGUGUGAAAUACAAUAUGUUAGAUGUUGUGGUGAAUAACGAUCGUCUAGAGUCAUGGGCGGAAAUUACGCUAGCGAAAGCAGUUAAUUUGGAUAGAAUAUUGAAUUCCUGCAAGAAUCUUAAUAACGAACGAGAAUUCUUAAAUCCUGCUAAAUCUGUGAUACGAUGCUUCAAACGAUCUCUGGAGUUAAAUCCAACACACUGUAAUAUGCUUAUUGAGUAUGGCCUAUUCGUUUACACUGUACACUCCUUCUGUUCUCGGUUACUAAAACAAGCGAGUGAAUCCUUGAGCAUGGAAGACUUCGAAUCUUUGGAGAAACAGAAAGAGGAUAUGUUGGAUACUACACAGAAAUGUUUUGAUACUGUGAUUAAUGAACUAAAUAAUAGUACAGAUUCAGAAAAAGAUAGUGAAGACUCCUGGCUUCACUUUUAUAUGUUAGGGAAAGUGGCGGAAAAACGUAACAAGCCCCCGUCGCUAUAUUUAGCCUACUAUAUGAAAGCUGUUACAUGUUUACAAGAAACUGAUGCUACCUACCCUGUAAAGAUAAAUUAUAGUACUCCAACUCAUUUAUGUAUAGAGGUGUUAGAGUUACACUAUCGCAUUCAUGCCUCUAUUCUUAAGUACAUAGAGCAACACGAAAGCAAGCCUAUACCAGCAUCGGUGGGCAAAGUAUUCUUUAGCUGCAUUGAGAAGUGGAAGCAAGGUCCUUUCUCUAAAAAACCCAAAAAAGAUGGCGCUACAGAAAGUGUACCUACGACUUCAGAACCAAAGCUUCCCGAACCUGUACACGCAGCUAAUAUUCUAAAACGGUCUAUCAGCGACGCUGGCGAAGAAGAAUCACACGAAGCCAAAAGAUUAAAAAUGGAAUCUGCCGCAGCUAAAGUUAGAAGGUCAGCAUCUUACGACACAGAAAGAAUGGCAUCAAAUAAAGAGCUGAUAGUUCAGAACGCUGAAGCAAUGGAAACUACAACCGUUAAUUCUAUAGAAGAGAGUAAACCAAAGGCAGCAGUAGAAAAGAACGCAGAACCGACAUUGCCACAGUCACUACCACCGCUGCCUAAUGCAGAAAUUUGUAAAGAACAGCCAAGAGAAUCUAAUAAAGCGGUAGAAGAAAUAAAAGAAGACACUGAUGGUGAAAAGAAAGAAGAGAGUUCUAGCAGCACAACUUCAUCUUCAUCGUCAGAUUCAAGCUCGAGUGAGACAUCUUCUGACAGUAGCAGCGAUUCUAGCAGAGACACUGAAUCCUCGUCUAAAUCUUCUAACGACUCCAAACCUUUAACGAAUGCUGAAAUCUUAAACAUAGUGUCAUCAUGUCUUGAUGCUUUGGAAGACUGUACCAGUCGAUUCCCUUUACAUUACAAGGCCUUAUACCGACUUGCUCACUAUCACUUUUAUUAUAAAAAUGGUAAAGAUAUUGAGCGUUGUAGAGAUCUGAUGCUGUCAACGUUCACAUCACGGGCAAAUCAAAAAUUAGGAGGACUGUUCAGUGAAAGGAAGCCCUCAAACUUCUUCAAUAAUAUAUGGAAGAUACCAGUAUCGGAAGUAGAACGAGCCGGAGGAUUCGCUUUUCAUAUGAAUCGCUCAGUCUUACUAACCCUUGAGAUAUUAAAAGAAAUAGAUGAUUAUAAAACUCUCUUGGACAUCAGCUUACAGUUACAAAAAAUACCAGAUACGGAUAAAAAAUAUUUGAGGGACUCUGACAGAGAAGAAUUAGCUCAACAAGCAUUUUCUCUUUGCGUUCAGUCUCUUAAGGGGCAGUUAACUAAAUUUAGUCAGCAAGCUGAUUUAAAAAGCAAUGAUGUAGAACGGCAGGCGCUUAAAAGCUUCAUGUUGGACAUUUAUAGGGCGUACCAGAGAGCUCAGAAGCUACCAAAUUCCAAACAGUUCACGAAUCUACUCAUAGAUGGUUUUAAGCUUGUGACGACAAAACCUGUCGCAGAUAACGCAAAUCUGGUCGAUAUCAGUAUGAAGUACUGCCAAAAGUUAAUACAGAAACUGAAGCACGACGCGACGAUGGCCAGUCUGGACAAAACUCAAAUCGCGCAAAAGAAACAAGCCGCAAAAGCUGCUGUUGCCGCUGAAGCUGCUAAAACUUCAACUUCUUCGGCGCCAGUGGUUCAUACGUCAAAACCUGAACCGACGAAAGUUUCCACAACGCAACCAGCACCCUCAGUUCCUGGUAAUCUGCCGAAAAUAUCAGCACAUGAUAUGGCUGCGGCUUUCCAGAAUUACCUGCCUAUGUUAAACGACCCUGUUUUGACGCAACAAACGGCAGCUGCUCUAUCUUUGUCUUACUUGAGUAAUAUAAGCGCUUUAGCUGGUUAUACGUCAUUGCAAUCAUCAAUCCAGAACUCACUACAAUCAUCAAUCCAGAACUCAUUACAAUCAUCAAUCCAGAACUCAUUACAAAAUACUUUUCAAGCUGAGUUCUAUAGGCAGUACAUUGGCCAAACUUUUCCAUCCCUUAUGCCACCUGCAAAAAAGCCAAAACGCGGACCAAAACCCGCUCAAAUUCGACCGCAACUGAACACACAGAUGAAGACCUCAAAGUCGUUCAGUUCUACAGUGUCAACUGCCACUAAAAGCCAACCGAUGCCAACGGUAAGCAAUCUUCAAAAAUCUAAUUCGACUCCUUUGACUCCAAGUAUGGGCACGGUACUUCAAAACCUUCCGGCUUCUAUGACCGCAAGUCUUUCGAACUUCGGUGCGGUGCAUUCAACAUCACAUUCGUCACAUACGGUUCCAGCACAAGCUCACAUGUCCACAGCGUCAACAGUAAACGCGGCUAUUCAUACGAAGCCACCAAUGCCUCACCAGCAAGUCAGUCCUGGAAAGACCUUGCAGGAGAAACUUGCUGAGAGACAGAAGCACUUACCCAUUACAAAGAACCAGGAUAUAAAUGCUUCUAUAAGUAAACUUCCUUCGUCUCUGACUAUUACAAAGACAUCGGUAUCAAAACCUGUUAAGAAACCAGAGGCAAAAAAGGCACUGCCUUUCAGUAAUGAUAGGCCAAAGCCGAUUGCCACAGAUGAAGUUAUUGUACUAGACGACGAUUAA